GGGGCAGGUGUCUGCAGAGCGCGGGGAAAUCAGGUGCGGCGACCCGGGAGAGACGGAGCCUGGGCCCCUCUGAACGCAGACCGACUCUUAUAGAUGACUUGAGACGUGUGCUGAAAAAAUGGCUGUUUGUUCAGAGGAAUCGCGUCUGCUACCUUUAUUAGAAACUUUGGAGGACUCUUCUUGUUCACAUACAGAACAAACAGAUGCAUAUCUUUCCCUUGUUAGCCGUAUAAGUGGAGAAGACAGCAAGGAGUUUAUGGUGCUUGUUGAAGGGCAAUUUCAACGACUCUGCAAAGUAUUUAAGGCACACAUUUCUCAUGCGAACUCUGAUCUUGGGAAUGCUGCACUACAGGCAUUGGGAUUUUGUGUAUUUAACAGCAAAAUUGCAUCCGGUUUAUCAGCUCCUGAGAUUGAAGAAUUGAUUUUAACUUUGAACAGUAUUGCUGCUAAGGGGACAGAUAAAAAUAGAUGCACACGAGCACUUUGGGUGAUUUCAAAACAAAGCUUCUCCUCUGAAGAAGUUGGAAAAGCAGUACCCUCUAUACUUUCUACAUUAGAAAGUGUUCUUAACAAAGAUGUUCAGUCACUUGUUAUUGAGUAUGAAGCACUAAAUGUUAUUAUCCGACUCUUGGACCAGGCUCCUACACAGAUGACAGAUGAAGCUGUGAGAUGGGCUAAGCUCAUUAUCCCUUUGGUAGUUCAUUCUGCUCCCAAAGUUAGGUUAAGGAGUGCAACUGCUUUAGAAAUUGGAAUGCCGGUUUUGCUUAAGAAACAGCAGGAAGUGGCAGUUGUAACAGAACAGCUGAUGUCGUCUAAAAUCCUUGCUGAAAUGCAGAAACUCUUUGCAAGUAAAAAUGAGACGUAUGUGUUGAAAUUGUGGCCAUUAUUUGUUAAAUUACUUGGAAAGACAUUACAUCGCAGUGGGACAUUCAUUAAUUCUCUACUGCAGCUUGAAGAAUUGGGUUUUCGAAGUGGAUCGCCUGCAGUGAAGAAAAUUGCAUUCAUUGCUUGGAAGAGCCUUAUUGAUAAUUUUGCAUUAAAUCCAGAUAUCCUUUGCAGUACAAAGAGACUGAAACUGCUUAUGCAGCCUCUAAGUUCUAUUCAUGUCAGGACAGAGGCCCUGGCACUGACCAAGAUCGAAGUAUGGUGGUAUCUUUUGAUGAGACUUGGAUCUCAGCUUCAUCUACAUUUUGAGCAGGUGUGCUUACCAUUGAUACAAAGUGCUUUAAGUGUUGAGUCAUCCACAGUACAAUCUACCCCCUUAAGGUCAUCUAAUCACAGUAUAACUGCAUCUACACCACUUCAGAAAGGCACUUACUCAUUCUCAAGUCCUACAACUCCAAAAAUUAGCUUGAACUCCAGCCUUUUGACUUCAGUGGCUUUUCCAUCUGUUCACCUUUUGGGAAUCGAAAUGAUGCUUCAUUUUCUACUUGGUCCGGAAGUUGUAAAAUUUGCCAACCAGCACAAGCUUGUGCUUAGCUUAGAACCUCUUCAGCAUCCCUUAAUCAGUAGUUCUUCGUUCUUCUGUAAGCAUGCUGCUGUCCUGCUGGCCUCCGUGCAAGAUGGAUUUAUUGUCAUAGGAAAAGAUGCUUCUGGGGUAGUGGUAAAUGCUAUAUGGAAAGAUAUGAUCGCUUUUGUGAAGGCAGCCAUGGAUACAGGUAACAAAAAGGACCGACAAGGUUCAGAAGUGCUAACCCACUUAUUACAAGCAUUGAAAAAUAUCAUCACUUCUGAUGUUCUUCAGGUGGAAAAGUCAAUGAACAUGCUGGGGUGCACCGUAAAGGGACUACCUCAAAAAAUUCUUGGAUCUGCAGCAUAUCAGGUGGCAAAUAUGGAUCUUCUUAAUGGUACCCCAGCUCUGUUUUUGAUACAGCUGCAUUUUCAUGGUCCUAUUCUAGAACAUGGGAUCUCCUCAGAAAGGUACUUUAUAAACUUUGAGACACUUGUGAACUAUGUACUGUCAGGUCAAACAUCUCCUCUGGCAUUUAGUGAAUCUGUCCUUGUUGAGUUGAACCAGUGUGCAAAGGUCCUUGAGAAAGAAACUCUGUGGCGUAUGUGGAGUAUUCUAAUAAAUCCACUGACUGAACGCAUUAAUCAGACCAAUGAAGUGAAUCAGGGAGAUGCUCUCGAACAUAACUUCAGUGCAAUGCAUAGUUCGUUAAUGCUACCCAUUAGCCAUAUAUUCCCAAUCACUGGCUUUUCUCAGCCCACAAUGAAGACUUUGAUGCGAACCUGGUCAGAACUAUACAAAGCUUUUGCACGCUGUGCAGCGCUGGUUACAACCACUGACGAAAACGUGUGCUGUGAAGAACUGUGUUCAAGAAUUCUUUCUGUUUUUUGCGAGUGUCCCUCAGGGUUGCAGUUUUUAGAAAGGAUUGUUCAAGUUGUCACAAUAAUAGUGGAAUGUUUCAACUUUUCCCCAUAUACCACCAAAUGUCAGCCAAAAACAAAAGCUCCACACACUCCAACUGAAUGGUCUAAGAGGAAGAAGGAACCACUAGGAAAUCUGAAUUCUUUGUUGAAAUUAUUUAUUCAAAUAAUGGACUGUUUCCAUACUCUGAGCGCUGAUGAAUCUGUGUUAGAAACAAGUUCUCAGACGCUAGUAUCUGUUGGUGGUUCAGUCAUUGGAGCUUUGUCUACAUGCAUCAGCCAUAUAACGUUGCCUUCCCUACUUAGAAUGGGGUUUGUGAUGCUUACUAAGCCUAUCUCCCUUUUCUUUGACAAAACAAAGUCUGAAUCUUCUAAAGUCUACAGUAGUCUUGGCAGUAAGUUGGAUAGGUUUAUUGCAGAUGGCUUCCUUAGCCUUGGGUCACGUUACACUGGAUCUUAUGACAGCGAGUUGCUUGAAGCUCUGUCUCCCUUGCUCUGUGCUAUAUUUCUGCAUAAAAACAAGCAGAUCCGGAAUCAAGUGGCUCAGUUCUGGAAUGGAUCAUUUGGGAAAGCUACAGGGCUACUGUAUCCAGAGGAACUAAAACCAGUGUUAAGCCAAGUGAAAUCCAAAACACCUCUUCUGUUGCCUGGAUUCACAUAUUCGAAUUCCACAGAGGAAUUAAGUGGUCCCUAUUCUGACAACACUGAUAAUUCACAAUUAGAAACAAAGAUAAGUGGGAUUGAGGUUAAGUCGGCUGGCAAACGUGACUCUUUAUUGUCCAGAGCUGAGGAGCUUAAAGAGAAAGAAACUCCAAUCCGACCAUCACAGGUCAAGGUAAAAUUGGAUUUCUCUUCACCCAAACGUAAACUGAAGCUCUUAGAAGAGGAGCAGUCCGUUGACUUUGUGUUUAUACCGCCAGAAACAAAAGAGCGUGUUUUAACCGAACACCAGAAAGAAGUUCUCAGAACAAAAAGGGUGGAUAUACCUACCAUGUAUAACAAUUUGGAUGCUUCUCAAGACACUAACUUGUUCAGUCAAUAUUCUCAGAGCCAAGAAAAUUAUUUGGAAAAAACAGCUGGAUCUGAAGAAUUAAAAGAUCGCAGGGAGUCAAAGGAAAACAUGCCGGAAACAUUGUCAACAGAGCAAGAGCCAAAUAAAGUAACACAUUUGAAUGCAGAUGUCGAAAUGUUGGACAAUAAAGAACAACCUCCAGAAGUAUUAAAUGAAUCUAUAAUCAAAGAGACCGAAAAGGAAUCUCCGAACUCUUCAAAUGUCAGCAACAGCUCUGUCUCUUCAGAUAUGGUCUUGGGUACUCCACCACAGCCUACAAGUCGAAGGCAAUCCUUUAUUACAUUAGAAAAGUUUGAUCAUUCACCAAAUAGAACUUUUAGCCCCGUUCCAAUUGCCAAGUUUCCAAAAGCCGCUGUAGUUACUUUAGUUCCAGACAGCCAAGAAACUGUGGCUAUGGAAAGUGAUGAAAAUAAAGAUGUGUCUCUGAAAGACAAUAAAGAAUCUUUAAAUACUAAGCUGCCAAAAUCGGUUUCCAAAAGAAGAAAGCCCAAAACUUCUCAAAUGAGUGAGAACCCUGAAGACAAACGUUCUGCUUCUGAAGAACUUAAUCCUGAAGGCACCAAUGAAUCCUUAACAAAGUUAGAUGCCAAAUGUGAAGAACUUAAAGAUUCUAUAGCAGACUCUGAAACCCAGGAGCAAGGUCCAAAGCCUGUAGAAAAUUCUGAGAAUACACUAGUAGGAAACUGUGCUUUAAAGAAUGUGGAGUCAAAGGAAAACACCCCUCCUGAGACUGGGAGCAACUCUCAAAAUGAAAAUUAUCAGGCACCUUCUACAAAUAAAAUUUCUUUGAGAAGGUCAUCAAGAAGACAAUCAGAAAUAAUAGAAGUAGUUAGAAGUGAAAAUGUGAGCCAAAGGAGAGAGCAGACAAAAAAUGAGGAAAAAUCAUCCGUCCAGAAGAAAGGGGCACAAUCUAAAGAGAACUUACGCCAACAGCAACAAGAAAAGGUUGAAAAGCGGCAAAGUGAAGAGGAUAAUAUAUUGGACCAUACUCUAACACGGAGUUCUCUGUCAGAAUCAAAAAUUGAUGAAAAAGCAAAGACUGCUGAUGUAAACCAAAGCGAAGAGGUAACCGAUUCUAAUGUAAGCAGAGAAAGCGAGGAGGUAACUAGAAGUAGGCCUAGAUAUCAGACAAGGAGAUCUUUGCAAGCGCUGAAGACUGGUGUUGAAAAUUCAGAGUCUGACAAUUCAGAGACCAGAGAAGAAAACGGUAAACGGCGGCGGACCUCAAAAAGUAAACCAAAAAGUGCUGAUCUCUCUGGCAAGGAUGAUCAUUCUGAAAGUACUCUGCUUUCUGAGAUGGAAAACAAUCCUAAAGCAGAAACACUUUCUUCUCUUAAAAAUAUAGAGCCUGUUUCAGGAAAGGACCUUGAAGUAGAUGGUUCUCAAACUACAAGCUUGGACAAUAAAACUUGCGCAAUUGUUAUGGAAAAUGUUGGUGCAAAUUCAAUUAUCCUAGAUAAAGCUAGCGUGGAACCUGAGCAUUCAUUAUGCCCUGAGGAAAACAAAACCUAUGAUAUCACAAAGAAUGACCCUGAACCCUCCUUAUCUACAAAGGAGGAAAAUAAAACUUACAAUAUCACAAAUAAUGACCCUGAACCCUCAUCUAAAAAGGAGGAUUAUAAAACCUUUGACAUUACAAAGAAUGACCCUGAACCCUCAUCUAAAAAGGAGGAUUAUAAAACCUUUGACAUUACAAAGUAUGACCCUGAACCCUCAUCUAAGAAGGAGGAUUAUAAAACCUUUGACAUUACAAAGAAUGACCCUGACCCUUCCUUUCACACCAAAGUAGAAAACAAAACUUAUAGCAUUACAGAAAACGCCCCAUCUGUCUGUAGCACAAUACAAAGUUUGUUGACAGAGCCUGCAACUGGCGACUUCUCAACUGCAGUUUCUGAUGUUUUCCCGCAGUCGGAAAGUAAGUUAGAGGAGUCACCUGAUUGUCCCCAUAAAAGGAGAAGACGUGUUAGACGGUCAAAGAGUUGCGAUUGUUGUUCUGAAAUAUCGCUUAAACAGCACAAGUCUGUUACAGAAGAAACUAUUAAAGCGAGAGUGCCUCCCAACAUUUGUGUUUCAAAUGUGUCCUCUGCUGAUUUGCCGUUUGAUGAUACGCUCUUUUCUGGACCAUGUGCGGUUAGCACACCUCUAGUUAUGGAAAAUAAUGAUCCUUGCUUUUUCAAACCCAGUGUUAGUGAUGUCAAAUAUGAUACAGAAUCAGAACAGGAGCACACAUUGGUUCCAUUAAGUGAAGUCAGCCAAGCAGAAAUAACUCAAGUAUGUGUCCUUACAAAAACUGUUGUGGAUCAUCCUGUAUUGUCUGAACCUAUAGGUGAUGAGUCUGUAAUUUCUGAACAGUCAGAAUCUCAACCUGAGAGAACUAAUUUGGAAAUCAAUAAUGCACAAGCUAAAUGUUCAGAUAAUGAAGAACCUCCUGCAUGGCAUGUAAACUUGGUUCCAAUCAGCUGUAAGACUUUUGAGGUAGUAACAACUGUGUCUACGAUGAAUGAAGUCAAUGAAGAGAUGGAAACUGAAAUGGACAAAUCUGAAGUUGUAGUUGUGGAAAAUGAUUCCUCAAAGACUAAGCCAAUGGAAGAGUCUGUUAGUGCUUUGGAACCGGACAGUUCGCUUGUCAGAGUCCAAGAACAACUUGAAGACCUGCCUGCUGUUCAAACAGAAGAAUGUGCAGCUCCUACUGAAAUAAAAAAAAAUGACAUUGAAGGUGUCCUCGAUGGAAGGUUUGCCACAGAUUCUCCUCCUAAGAUUAAAGGAUUAGUAGCUUUAACGUCUGCUAAUGAUAGUCCUAGUGGAUACUGCAGCUGGUCACCGUCGGCAUCUCCAUCGACUAGCAUAUUAAAGAAAGGCAUAAAGAGACAACAGGAUAAUGACUCUCCGUCACCAAUUAACAAGAUACGAAGAGUCUCGUUUGCAGAUCCAAUAUAUCAGGAAGGAUUGGCAGAUGACAUUGACAGGAGAAGUCCUGUUAUAAGGAGUCAAAACAGCUCUCCAUCCUCUAGAAGUCUCAAAAUGUUAACAGCCUGUCAGCCGAAGCUUAAUACAACUCCCACCAAAGGAUUUCUUUCUCCGGGAUCACGCACACUUGGAAUUAAAAGCUCAAAGAAAAAUUUGAUUUCAGAAAUGACCAAAGAAUCUAUGCCUUCUCCUAAGGAAAGUGUGUAUCCUGCUCUAAUGAACUGCACAACACCAAUAGAUGUCAUCUUACCUCAGAUUACAUCUAAUAUGUGGGCUAGAGGACUGGGCCAACUCAUACGAGCAAAGAAUAUUAAGACUGUCGGUGACCUCAGCACAUUGACUCCUUCAGAAAUCAAAACUCUUCCGAUCCGGUCUCCCAAAAUUUCUACAGUGAAGAAAGCUCUGAGGGUGUAUCACGAGCAGCAGACCAAGUCUAAAGGGUUUGAUUUAUUUGCUGUCCUUGGAGAGACUGAAAAGCCUUUGAAUGGUAUUGAUGAGAAAACCUCUUCUGCCGAUGAAGAGAAACUUGCAACAGACUUGAUUGAACAGUCGGCCACUGCUAUAGACACACCUCCGACUCCAGACAUAUUAUCUCAAAUUGCUGCACUUUCCCUCCAGCUUUCUACCGAGGAUCUCGGCAAAUAUUCAGGAAGCCAACUCUUUGAAAUGCAAGAUAAACUAGCAGGCAUGUCUGGCUGCAUCCUAAAACAUCUGCAAUCCCAAUGGAGGUCUCCUCCUCAUUCAGGCUCGGUCUAAUUUUGGGAUUGGACCGGGAUGACUUUUCCUUAAAUGUAUUUGGGUUUGUUAGUUGUG